AGUGCCACAGCAUCUAGACGAAGAAAGCCGGGCAUCUCAGAUGGCCAUCCUGGAAUGCAUAUGAUUGGGGGCCUAACAUCCAACUUGAACUCAUCCAUUAGCUGACUAAGGUACUAUGGAUGAUGCCGAGGUUCUCAAAAAAAGAGGCUAUGUCAUAGGAAUCAAUCUUGGGGAAGGGUCUUAUGCCAAAGUGAAAUCGGCCUACUCAGAACGUCUGAAAUGCAACGUUGCGGUCAAGAUCAUCGAUAAGAGAAAAGCCCCGAGAGACUUCCUGGAAAGGUUUCUCCCGAGAGAGAUCGAGAUGCUGGCCAAAGUCAAGCACCACGCCAUCGUCAGGACCUACGAAAUCUUUGAGACGUCAGAUGGCAAAGUCUACAUUGUGACUGAGCUCGGGGUACAAGGAGACCUGCUGGAAUUCAUCAAGAGAAGGGGCGCCAUUUCCGAAGAUAUCGCUCGCAAGAUGUUUUACCAACUUGCCAGUGCGAUCAAGUACUGCCAUGAGCUGGACAUUGUCCACCGAGACUUGAAAUGCGAGAACCUCCUCCUGGAUAAAGAAUUCAACAUCAAAUUGACAGACUUUGGCUUCUCCAAGCGGUUAUCUCGGGACGAAGACGGCCGAGUGGUACUCAGCAAAACCUUCUGUGGUUCGGCUGCCUACGCAGCCCCCGAGGUCCUGCAGGGAAUCCCCUAUCAGCCCAAAGUGUAUGACAUAUGGAGCCUGGGGGUCGUCUUGUUUAUCAUGGUCUGUGGCUCUAUGCCCUACGAUGACUCCAAUAUUAAAAAGAUGCUCAAGCUGCAGAAAGAGCACCGGGUGCAUUUCCCCCGCUCCAAAGUGCUGUCGAUAGAAUGCAAGGAUCUCAUAUACCGCAUGCUGCAACCUGAUGUCUCACGUCGGCUCUGCAUCGACGAAGUGCUAAUGCACGUUUGGAUGCAAGACCCCAAAGCCUUGUCGGACACCACACUCGUGAAAGGAGAGUGCUCUCACCAUCCGAAUCAGAUCCGGAGCAUAUACGGAAAGGAAUCGGGGCCAGAGACCUCGGAAAACGAAGAAGUGCUUCAAGAAGAAAGGCAUGCGGACAUGGACGAGCUGACUGAGCAGAUGCACAGGACGGUGAUGUGAAAUGGCUCCCAGUCCAGUGAACCCAGCACUCAAGAGCAAUGGCUUUCUAUCGCACUCCUUCCACUCACUUCUACCAAGGCUGCGUACUGAGAUUCUGGGGAAAGAAAUUGAAGAAGGGGGAAAGAAACAGCUUUUGACGACAAGCCCCUUCCGAUUUCCACCUUGGAAGCCCACGGGAUCCCCGGAACACCCAUAAAUCUCGACAUUUAUACCAGGCACAAAUCUAGGACGACAGAAAACCAACUUCCCCGCUUGUUCUUUUUCUCCAAAUGAAAGAGAAUCGUCGUCAUGAUCUGAGGCGUGGUCUCCUCCAUGAGGCCAUCUCAUGGUAGUAUGAGCUCUAUUAGCAUCUAUCAUGCUGGAAAUCAUCUGCUGUCACAUCAGCCAGUUCUGCAAUGCAGACCCAUCGCAGACAGAGGUCAUUCUUUUGAAUGGUCCACUUCUUCGAGAUGGCAGUUUCGGCCACAAGAGGUAUACUGGGUAUGAACUCGUGCUUCCAAAAACCAGAUAGCGAUGCUAGUGAAAUUAACGUUUGAGAAGAUCCAGAUCGACUAAAACUAUGGUCCAAAAACAGGGUGCGUAUGUGUGUUUUCGUGUCUUCCCUACUCAGAGCAUGCAGGAAUUACAGCUAUAUUUUCUAAAAGCAAACCAAUGAAUAAAAGAUAGAUGAAAUGGCAGAA